AUGGCUACUCAUCUGGCUCCCCAAUUUGAAGAAGAAGAUUGCAUUGCCUAUCCCGGAAUCGAGGCCAAUAACUUUGAACUCAAGACUUCCAUGAUCAAUUUGGUGCAAGCAAAUCAAUUUGGAGGUUCAAAGUUGGAAGAUCCUAAGGCGCAUAUCACCCAUUUCGACAGAAUAUGCCAAACUAUCAAGAUGAAUGGGGUGUCUAUGGAUGCAAUCAAGCUGCGAUUGUUCCCAUUUUCGUUGAGGGAUCAAGCUCUGAGUUGGCUCAAUUCCUUCGGGCCAAAUCAUUUCAACACAUGGGACCAACUGUACAAAUCUUUCAUGCAAGAAUACUAUCCACCCUCCAAGGCUGCAAAAUUGAAGAAGCAAAUCCAGAAUUUCCAGCAAUUCGGAAGUGAAAAUCUGUACGAGGCAUGGAAGAGGUUCAAGGAUCUCAGGAGGCAGUGUCCUAGGAAUCUCCUAUCUCCUGGGGAUUUCAUUUCAUCUUUUUACGAAGGAUUGCUGGACAACUACAAGACAGUGUUGGAUACUUCUUCUAUGGGGGGAGUGUUUCUUGAUAUGACGCCCGAUCAUGGAGAGCAGCUGAUAGAAAGAAUCACAGCCAACACUGCGUAUUGGUACAAUGAAAGAGUCGAGCAACCAAGGAAAGAGAAAGCAGUAGGUAUGUUUGAAGUGGAUGAGAAGGUUGCCAUGCAAGCCCAACUGGAUUCGAUCCAACACAUGUUGAAAGAAAUGGUGUUGAAUAAGAAGGCGAAUGCUCAGUCAGUCAUUUCCUCAUCCCAGAUGCCACCCACACCACAAGCCUACUCGAUGGUACAACCAACAACUCCAAGCCCACCACCAUCUUCAACUAUGGCUAUGGUGCUCAGUUGCGCUAUUUGUGGCGGUGCUCAUGCUUCUCAAAGUUGUCAACUAUUGGAACCUGGCAGCCACAACUCUUAUUCAACUGUAGAGCAAGUUGACAUGAUUGGAUACCAAAGACCUCAAGGCCAAGCGCAAUGGAGGAAUCAAGUCAAUCCUUCUUGGAGCAAUCAAGGUUUUCAAGGGAGAAAUCCACCUCCUGGUUUUCAAGGCAACCAAGGCUUUAGAGGUGGAUAUCAAGGCAACCAGCAAUGGAGAGGAAAUCAAGGACAUGGUACGAGCCAAGCAAAUACUCAGAAUCAGCAAGGGUUUUCACAAUCAUCUCAAGAUCCGGAUAUGAAAACCUUCAUGAACAUGAUUAUGACACAAAUGAGUAAAUUGCAAACCGAAGUUGAAGGUCUUCGAGCUCAACAACAAGGAGGAGGUGCCCAAGCUUCUACCCAACCUUCAUUUAAUGGUAAACUUCCAGCAAGCACUGAAAAUCCUAGGAAUCAAGUCAAUGCUGUUGUAACUAGAAGCGGGAAGUCUUUGACUGAUCCACCCUUUCCAGAUGAUAACAUUUCUCUUGAAAAUGAAGGGAAAGAAAAAGAACUUCUACCACAAAAAAGAGAUCCUGAAGGACAAGUGCAGACAAAGGAGGAUACUAGCCAAGGUAAAAAGAACAAGGGCAAGCAAAUUGAUGAUUCAGUGAUUCCUUGCAACUUAUUGCCAUUUCCACAAAGGUUGUGGAAGUCCAAAGAAACCGAGAGGGAGAACAAAUUCAAAAUGAUGAUUGACAAGUUGGAGAUAUCCAUGCCUUUUGUGGAUGCUGUUACUCAAAUACCAUCGUACAAGAAAUUCUUGAAGGAUAUUUUGAGUAAUAAAAAGAAGCUGCAGAAGAGUGCAGUGAUAGAUCUUAGUGAGGGAGCAUUGGCAUGCGCUGCAAUAUAA